AUGUUUUUUGGAUUUUUAAGAAAGGAAAUUAUAAGCAAGCUUAGUGUUAAUCAGGUUUCUGAUAAUACUGAAAAUGAAGCUCCCAAUACCGACGAAAGUGAACCAUCUAGCCCUGAUAAAGUCACGAUAAACAUUGCACAAAGGUCUGGACGGUUGGUUAGUUGGCUGGGAAUUCUAUCUGUGGGGGAAGACCCUCCAUGUGAUGAUGGAACAAAUAGAACCUUGUGGUCGUAUGGCUCAGGCGAAAAUGUUGUGCCUCUUCGACCAGGUUACGAUGCUCGACUUAAUAUAAAUUCGGAAGGAACGUCAUUUGAGAUUUCAUGUAAGGUUGUUAGUUCUCGUUCUCAUAAUUUUGGUCCUAUAUUUCAGUGUGCGGUUAUUUCUGGUGAGGACAACCUAUACACUACCCAAGAAGUUAAACCAACUACUGCUGUGAGGAAUGUGUUUGAUUUUUUAGAGAUCAAAGAAUAUAAGAAAAAGAUUUCUGGUUAUGAAUUUUUUGGCUUCCAGAGACCAGAUGUCAUUAAACAACUCCAAGCGUUAGCCAAAGUUUGUAGGAAACGACAAUUGUAUGACGAUCUUGCAGAAUCUACUACAACUAAUGACACCAGAGUUAUAAAGAGAAAAAUUGUAUCACAAUAUCCUCUGCUUGAUAAGGUUGCAAACACAAAGACUCGGAAUGCUGGACCAACCAAUGCUUUGAAACCUCAAGCAAGGAAAGAACGAAACACCCUAGUACACGAGAUGGUGAAGUUUACAUCCUCUAAUGAUGUACAAAGUUACAUUGUGUACCUGUGCCAAAAUGAUCCUGGCUUAGUUACAAGUGCUAUCGAAGAGAGUGGGUCAUACCUGGAUGAACUUGUUUCUGAAUUAGAGAUUGCUAGACCAAGGUAUAUAAGUUUACAUAAUUCAGCUGAGUUUUUAGUUGGAAAAACCCGCUUGUCCCAAAGAGAAUAUAUUGCAGCCAGUAAGACUUUUAAGAAAGCAAAUGUUUACCUGUCUCCAUAUGCUGCUGUUGCCAAAUAUAUAUCGGAACUGGAAGUUGGGGUAAUCAAUUUACACAAACAUUGUGUCAAUUUUGAGUACGAGGGGCUUGAUUGUAUCUGUUCUGGUGCUGAAUUUCAAGAUACACUUCAGAGAGUAAUUUCCACUGAGGUGCUGUUUCAGAAAUUUGAAUUCCCAACUCAGGAACAGCAAACCAAGCUGUUUGCACAUCUAAAAAGGGAAGACCCACAACUCUAUGGCAAAUUGGAUCCAUGUAAGCGUACCUUAUUCCUUAGAGAAACAGGCGACAAUUUUAGAGCUGGUGCUCAUCAACCAACCGAACAAAUGUCAUUUAGCAUUCUAAACUUGACUAAGCUAAUAAACUCUCCUUAUGGUCAAUUUCUGAUUUCUAUUUGGAGGGGUCCUGAGACUAGGAACUACAUUCAAGCUCAUGUAAAGGGCCAUUACGAUGAUGUGAGGUCAGCUGUACAUAAUGGACUAGCCUUAACAUUGGCUGAUGACACCAUGGAGACAUUUAACAUCAUUGCAUUUCUUGUAACUGAUCUUGGUCAUCUGAAGGAAUCUCUUGGUAAAUGCCUUUGUACGUCAAUGUUUGGCUGCUACUGGUGCAAGAAGAAUAUGCUGGAUUGGGACAACAAGAAACCAACAACGUCGCCACUUCAGAAGAUCUCUGAUAUGGUAGAAAUGGGGAAAGAAGCUGAACGUGUGCUUGGAAAAUGCCCUGACAAGUCAUCUGCAGCAUAUACAAAGUUUCAGCAGACCCAUUUUGGUCAGACCGUAAGUACUGUAAAUGUUAACAUUUGA